AUGGCUAGAGCUCAAGCUCCACGACUGACGGCCCCUACAUCAUGGAUCGCAAUUCAAAUCCCCGUUAAUAAACAUAUCUCAGAUAGGAAAUCAGAAGAAGGAAAGAAGUGGCUUGAAAUUAUCAAACCGCUCACAAAGGAAUUACAGUCAGGUUUCGAACAUGGAGUAUGGGGUCGAUUGGUUGAACGACCCAACGAAGUUUGGCUCAUCACUGGCUGGGAAUCUUUGGAAGCCAUACGAAAAUUCGAGGAAUCGGAUGUGUAUGAAGGACAAUUGAAAGUAUUGAGAGAGCUUUCGGAGGGGAAAGAACCAAUCAUUACACAUGCUCAACUAUCAGGGGACUUCUGGAACAUGUUGACUGAUUUUACUGGGAUUACGGAUGUUUAUUUCCCGGAGGACGUAGAGGACGAGGCAAAGAAGAGGGUUAAUGACUUGAAAGGGUUGAUUUACUUCUUUGCGCCCGGAAAGAAGUCUGGUAAGAGUGCAUACAGCGGAAAGGCAAUUAAGGGUUGGGUGAGUGAACCGGUCGAGUUUGAGGAGAAGCAAACCAGAGUCAUGAGGUAUCUGCAUUACUGGCACAGUAAAGAAGGGGAAGAAGAAUUCAAAGUAGAAGCUGGAUUUUUCAUAGAAGCUGGAGAAUCGAAGAACAUGUUCAGUUAG